CCUUUUGUAUUGUUCAUGUGUGUGUCCUAUGGAUUUAUCUGUGCAGCGCUAGUCAUCCCUCAUUAUGGCACUCAGAGGAAGGACUGCUGUGUCUAUACACCUGGCCCCUUGGCUCCUCAUUGUACUCUUCUGCACCUCUGCAGCUGUAGAGAAGGACUCAUGUGACACUUGUAGAAGGCUGGUGGACAGGUUCCACAAGGGUCUUGAAGAGACAUCAAAAAAGAAUUUUGGAGGAGGGAACACUGCUUGGGAAGAAAAAACUUUAUCAAAAUAUGAGUCUAGUGAGAUACGCCUAGUGGAGAUUAUAGAAAGACUUUGUGACAGCACUGACUUUGAGUGCAAUCUUAUGGUAGAGGAACAUGAAGAACAGAUUGAAAAAUGGUGGUUCAAGAUGCAGAAGAAGUAUCCAGAUUUAUUGAAAUGGUUUUGCAUUGAGACUAUAAAAGUCUGUUGUCCUUCUGGAACAUACGGACCUGACUGCUUAGCUUGCCUAGGUGGAUCUGAAAGGCCAUGUCAUGGGAACGGUUUGUGUAGUGGUGAUGGGACCAGAGGAGGAGACGGGACUUGCAGCUGCAAGGAAGAGUAUACAGGACCAUUUUGUCUUGAAUGUGCAGAUGGAUACUACAGCUCUGAAAGAAAUGACUCUCAUUCUGUAUGCAGUGCUUGUCAUGAAGCAUGUAAAACUUGUCACGGAGAAACAAAUAAAGACUGCAAAGUGUGUAAAGACGGAUGGAAAGAAGAAGAUGGAAGCUGUGUAGACCAAGAUGAAUGCGCUGCAGAAAAAUCUCCUUGUAAAGAGAGUCAGUAUUGUUUAAACACAGAAGGAUCAUAUUCAUGUAAAAAGUGUGAUGAAAGCUGCUCUGGGUGUACUGGCGAGGGUCCAGAGAAGUGUACAGAGUGCUCAGCCGGAUAUGUGUUAGAGGAUAACAAAUGUACAGAUAUAAAUGAGUGUGAGAAUCUUGAGAAAAUAUGUGUCCGAGAAAAUGAGGAUUGUGUAAACACUCCUGGGACCUAUAAAUGUGUCUGUGCUGAAGGCUUUGGAGAACAGGAAGGACAAUGUGUUGCCGUUACAAAGCCAGAUGAAGAAACUGUUACUCAGCAGAAUGUGACAUCUGAAGCAAAACAAGAAUCAAUAGCUGUACAUGAGGAUCUCUGACCAACAGCCUCAAUUUAAAUAUUGUUUUAAGUUAUUGGACUCCAACCUGUUAUGUGAAUAACAAGUUCGCCAACGGUUACUUUAUCUGGUAUUCAGAUGGGAUUUGCCCUAAAGGCUGCACACAUUCCUUUGUAUAA